AUGGAGAAAACCCCUAUCGAGGUCCGCCCUUCAGAGGACCUUGACGUCGAAGCCGGUACACGGGCCAUCGAUUUCCCCAAGGUCGAACCGACAGCAUCAAUCGGGGCAUCACUAGCUCCAACCGAAUCCGAUCCCUAUGGCAGUCGUCCGGCGUGCUUCAGCAGUCUCUUUCAGGAAUGUCUCUUUGUUCUUACCACGACCGUCGCUGUAGGGCAGAGUUCGAUCUUCACCGGAGCUAUUCUGUGCAUGACCGACCACAUCGGCAAAGACCUGGACAUGACGGCAGCCGAAGUGACCUGGAUCAAUGCUGCCCAGACCCUCGCGGCGGGAACGUUCUUGCUCUUUUUUGGCCGGGUGGCCGACUUGUUUGGGAGGAGACUGCUCUUUCUCUGCAGUCUGGCCUUUUUCAGUAUCUGUCUGCUCAUCACCGGCUUUGCCACCAAUGCGUACUUUUUGGAUGUGUUCUGUGGUCUCCUCGGUCUCAGCUCGGCGGCUUCUGUUCCCCCGGCCAUUGGCAAGCUGGGGGCGGUCUAUGACAGACCGAGCCGACGAAAGAACAGAGCCUUUGCCUGCUUUUCGGGGGGCAACCCGGUGGGUUUCGUGCUUGGAGCAUUUAUCAGUGGCGUGACGAUGCAAAUUUCCUCCUGGAGAGCAGCAUUCUGGGUCAUGGCGGUCAUUUAUGCUUUCUUCUUUUUCGCAGCGCUGUGGACGACCCCGCCGGACAACGAACAGAAGCUCGGGGGACUCAACAUGGAGACUUUUGUCAAGUUCGACCUUCUCGGAGCGCUUCUCGCUGUGGGUGGAAUUGCCAUGUUCACCGCCUCCCUGACUUUAGCUGGCGACGCGCCAGACGGAUGGGGGACGUCAUAUGUGAUUGCCUUACUAGUGGUUGGGCUUGUACUGGUCGCCGGCUUCAUAUACUGGCAGAGUGUUUUCCGAUAUCCACUCAUGCCCUUGAGGGUCUGGAAGGAUCGAAAUUUCACCUUGGUGGUGAUUGUGCUCUGCCUCGGGUUUUAUGGCUUCGCUGGGAACUUGUUUUGGUUAACGUUGCUUUGGCAAAGGAUUAACCAGCUGUCCCCGCUGAUGGUCGCCGUACAUCUCCUUCCCGCGGGCAUCGGGGGAAUUCUGGUCAAUGUCCUGGCAGCAAUGAUCAUGCACCGAGUCUCCAACAGGGUGAUCAUGAUUAUUGGGGCUGUCAGCGCAGUGGUCGCGUCUGCACUUUUCAGCGCGAUAUAUACGUCGAUAUCGUUCUGGGCUCUUGCGUUUCCAGCAUUGUUGUUCAGCGUGCUGUCUCAGGAUCUGGAAUUUACCGUCACCAACAUGUACGUCAUGUCGUCUCUUCCAAGUGAGCAGCAGUCGGUGGCAGGAGGUUUAUUCAACACGGUGACAAGGCUUGUUGCGACGGUUGGGCUGGGCAUUCAAACAAGCAUUUACAACACGGCGGGAGGUGCAGCGCAGGGGGUAGGAGCAGUGACAUAUCGGCCAUAUCAGGCAACAUUCUGGGUAUCUCUGGUUGGUGCGGUGAUGGCGGUAUUUCUGGUGCCCUUUUUGACCAUUGGGCGUCAGGGAGGACGAAAGAAGCUUGCCAACCGGGGGCAUCAGGAUUAA